AUGCUGCCCACGCUGCGCCGUCUCAGCGUGCGCGUCCCCUCGCGCGCUGCUGCGCUUCGCAGCCGCACCCUCGUCGCUACCACGACGACGCCGGCGAGAGGAGCAGCGCAGCCUGCUGCGCUCGCCCGUCCAAGCAGUGUGCGUCUGCUGCACUCCGAUGUCAGUGCUCCCUCCUCUGCCUCCCCUACGUCCAUCGCACGUCCACCACUGCCCGCCAAGAUCCUCAUCGCGAACCGCGGCGAGAUCAGCUGCCGCAUCAUGCGCACCUGCCGCCGCCUCGGCAUCCGCACCGUCGCCGUCUACUCCGAGGCCGAUGCUCGCAGCAUGCACGUACAGCUCGCAGACGAGGCGUACUGCAUCGGCCCUGCUGCCAGUGCUGAGUCGUACCUGCGCUCGGACCGCGUCAUUGAUGUGGCUCUCAAGACGGGCGCAACGAUGGUCCACCCGGGCUACGGCUUCCUUUCCGAGAAUGCAGAGUUCUCCGCAGCGCUGCAUGCCGCUGGCCUGACGUUCAUCGGCCCACCGGCAUCCGCCAUCACCUCGAUGGGCUCCAAGUCGGCCUCCAAGGCCAUCAUGCUUGCCGCCGGCGUGCCCUGCGUGCCCGGCUACCACGGCGACGACCAGAGCGUCGAGACGCUGAAGCGCGAGGCCAAGAAGGUCGGCUUCCCCGUGCUCAUCAAGGCUGUCAAGGGAGGAGGUGGAAAGGGAAUGAAGAUUGUCUGGAAGGAGGAGAACUUUGAGGAGGAGCUGGGCAGCGCCAGACGAGAGGCGCAGAAGUCCUUUGGCGAUACCGACGUUCUGAUCGAGAAGUACCUGCAGCGGCCUCGGCACGUCGAGGUGCAGAUCAUCUCCUCUGCCCCGCCGCAUUCGCAGCAUCUCGCCAUCUCCUCGCGCGACUGCAGUGUGCAGCGCCGGCACCAGAAGAUCAUCGAAGAGGCACCUGCGCCGGGCCUGUCUGACGAGCUGCGCAAGGAUCUGGAGGACAAGGCUGUGGAGGCGGCGCGCGCUGUUGGAUACGUCGGUGCUGGCACAGUCGAGUUCAUCAUGGACGCCGAGACGGGCGAGUUCUUCUUCAUGGAGAUGAACACGCGCCUGCAGGUCGAGCAUCCCGUGUCGGAGAUGAUCAGCGGCAUCGACCUCGUCGAGUGGCAGCUCCUCGUAGCCUCCGGCGGCGCUCUGCCGUUGACUCAGGCCGAGGUGCCAUGCGUGGGGCACUCCUUCGAGGCGCGUCUCUAUGCCGAGGACCCCGCCUCCAACUUCCUCCCCGACGUCGGCCAUCUCGAGCAUCUCUCCUUCCCGCCCGAUCUUGCCUCGCCCAGCGCCACGCCCGCAGAGAGCCGCGGUCUUGUGCGCGUCGACACGGGCGUGCGCACUGGAGACGACGUCAGCGUCUUCUAUGACCCGAUGAUCGCCAAGCUCAUCGUGCACGGCAGCGACCGAGCCGAUGCGCUGCGGCGCAUGCGUCGAGCACUCGAGCAGACGCACAUCGUGGGCCCACGCACGAACGUCGACUUCCUACAGCGGCUCUGCGAGCAUCCUGCCUUUGUCUCGGCCGAUGACCUCGACACGGGCUUCAUUGCGCGCUACAAGCCUGACCUGCUCCCGUCGCCUCCGGCACCUGCCGCAUCGACGUUCGCCUCCGCCGCGCUCUUCCUCGCGCUGCGCGAGCAGACGACAUCGGCCAGCGGCGCAUUCGCCUCGCCCGCAUUCGCCGCGUUCCGCCUCAACACCGCCCAGCCCGUCGCGCGCAGCUACUCGCUGCGAGCGCGUGCGGCAGCCGCUCAAGAUGGCGCAGAGGCGAGCGAGGAGAAGGUGGUGCAAGUUUCGGUGCAACCUGCGGGAGAAGCGGGAGUGUUCCACGUGCGCGUGCUUGCCGAGGACAAGACGACAUUCUUCCCUGCCGUCUCUGCAAGUCUGCUAGAGUCCGACCUGCUCACGCAAGGUCUGGUCGCCUCCGAGUCCGACGAAGCAGUCGUGCCGGCCCCACAGAGAAUGGACGUGUUUGCCGAGGGCAGACAGGUCGAGCUCGAGCUCGUGGCGCCCGAAUGGCUCAAGGAGCUCAAGGGCGGUGCAGCGGCGACGAAGGGCAGCGUCCGGAGUCCGAUGCCUAGCAAGGUCGUGGAAGUGCGUGUCUCGGUCGGACAGCACGUCGAGGAGGGUGACGUCGUCGUGGUGCUCGAGGCGAUGAAGACCGAGCAAGUGCUGCGUGCUCCCCGCGCCGGCGUUGUCGCCAAGAUCGCGGCCAGUGCGGGCGAGAUGGUCGGCGAAGGCGUGGAGCUCGUCACGUUCGAGGAGACGGCUGAGGAAGCACCUGUCGACGGUGCCGCACAAGCACAGCCAUCGCCAUAG